AUGAAUGGUGUGUCGGGGCCGAUGACCGUACGAGUAUAUCACGAGAUGGCACAACCGGAACAUCCGAAUAAAUGCGCUUUCCACGAUUGUGAACACAUUUGCCUGCCGAGAGCACAUCUUCCACGAAGCAAGGAAGAGGAACUCGUGCUGAAGGGACGUCCAUAUACAUGCGCGUGUAUGAAUGGAUUCAUUGCGGAUGAUAACAAUUAUUGUGUGACCGCGAGUGAUGCGUUGGCUGGUAUUGGACGUCGUGUAACACCGCUGUCAUUCACUUCACUUCUGUUCCUUCUA